UUUAGCCCCACAACCAGGUCCCAAUAAGUUUCGGAGCGCACGGGGGUUGGAGGAACGAGAAGCCUGGAGCACCUCCGUGUUUUUUUUCCCUGCGCUGCGUCGUGCGUAAAAACCAAGAAAGAAGAGGAUCGUGUUUAUUUACCUGUUGAUGAGGUCCCAGCGGCUGUGGGACGCGCGGAGAAGCGAAGUCUGAGAAGAACCGGUGCAGGGCAACACAGCAGCUCUUCAGCGGCCAGGAGGAGCGCAGGACCCCGGGUUUCUCUGCUUCCCUUUGCCCCAGCACACGCAGCCGGAGCUGGGUUGGUGGAAAAUGGGCACCUCGACCACCAGGACCUGUGGACUUAUCCUCUCCCUGAUUCUCUCAUGCCAGCUGCUUACUGUGACUCGGGCCUCCAAGGUGUGGGGAGAGGUCCCGCUGCCAGAGGACUUGGAGUCGAAGAAGGACGUCCAGGCGUCCCCGAGCCUCCUGGACGACGAUGAGGACUUUGCUGCGGAUGAAGCUUCGGGAGAUCUGCCCAGUGGAGAGGAUGAUGGAAGCACCCCAUGGCCUCCAGAGAGCACAAUUUAUUACAGAGCUCUCGUCAACUUCACCGACUCCCUGGUCUACAGCCCUGAGCUCGAGGACAUCUACUCUCCAGCCUUUAAUGAGAUCUCCGAAGCGGUGGUGGACACGCUGGAGUCGGAGUACAACCGGAUUCCAGGUGUCCAGACAGUCAGCGUGGUCCUCAUUAAGAAGAUGGUGAGAGAAGAUGGCGUGGACGUGUUUGUGGAGCUGGACGUGGGCUCCGACUACAACAGCGACGGCGAUCAGAUCCGCAGCGUGCUGUACAGCGUGGUGAAGGAGGGCGCCAUCGCCUCCUACGUCACGUCGGUCCAGGGCUUUCAGUUCCGACGACUCGGGGAAGUCACCCCAAGCACCAGGUCCUGCAUGCCAGAUGAGCACAGGUGUGGGGACGGGACAUGUAUCCUGAUGGAAUACCUGUGUGACAAUAGACUGGACUGCAGGGACAUGAGUGAUGAGACCAACUGUGUUAAACUACCGACUCCUCCGGUCUACACCACCCCUCCCACCACAACCACCACCGCCAAGAAGUCCCCGCGGCCCCCCAGCCCACCUGGCCCCUGCAGAGCCGACCAGGCCACGUGCCAGAGCGGCGAGUGCAUCAGCCGGGACUACAUCUGUGACGGGGAGAGGGACUGCUCGGACGGCAGCGACGAGUUCCGAUGUGGUACCCCGUCCCCCUGUGAACCCAACGAGUUCAAGUGCAGAAAUGGCCGCUGCGCCCUCAAGCUUUGGCGCUGCGAUGGAGACAACGACUGCGAGGACAACUCGGACGAGACAGACUGCCCCACCAAGGGUCCCGGCGACAGGUGCGCUCCAGAGCAGUUUGAAUGCCUGGGCGACCGCAGCUGCAUCCCGGCCAGUUACCAGUGUGAUGAAGAGCCCGACUGCCCUGACCGCUCCGACGAGUACGGCUGCACCCCCCCCUCUGUGACAAGCCCACCGGAAGAGUCCAUCCAGGCGGCUCGGGGAGGGACGGUGACGUUCAGCUGUCAGGCGGUCGGAGUGCCAACUCCCAUCAUCACCUGGAGACUCAACUGGGGACACAUUCCCGUCAGUGGCAGGAUCUCCAUGACCAGUGAGAACGGCCGCGGCACCCUCACCAUCCGUGACGUGAAGGAGGCGGAUCAGGGGGCCUACACCUGCGAGGCCAUCAAUGCCAAGGGCCUGGUGUUUGGAAUCCCUGACGGAGUACUGACACUCACUUCAAAUCCCAACUCAGGAGACUGUCCUGAUGGUCAGUUCAGUGUGGACGGACGCUGUGUGUCCUGCUUCUGCUCUGGAAUCACCAAGACCUGCAAACGCACCGGCCGCUACCGCAACCGGAUCACCCUGCGUUUCACUGAUGAGGACGAUUUCAGAGGAGUGGAAGUCACGUAUCCAUCCAGGCCAGGCAUUCCUCCUCUCUCCUCCACUCAGCUCCUCAUCAACACUGAAAUGGAAGAGUUCCAGCUCGUCGACCUGUCCCGUCGUUUCCUCAACCUCGACUCCUUCUGGACUUUGCCUGGCCAGUUUCUGGGCAACAAGAUCGACUCCUACGGGGGAUCCCUGAAGUACAAGGUGCGCUUCACGUUGGCCCGCGGCCUGUCCGACCCGGUGGAGAAGCCGGAUGUGAUCCUGGUUGGAAACGGACGCAGGCUCGUGUACCGCAGAGGCAGCGCCACACCGGCCCGAGAGGUCAUCCAGAAAGAGAUCAUGUUCACUGAAGAUAAAUGGCAGCACUCCAAUGGCCGCGCCGUGACCCGGGACGAUCUGAUGAUGACGCUGGCCAACCUGGACAGCGUCAGCAUCCGCACCAUCUACGACGACCACAUGGUCAGCGUGGCACUCAGCGACAUCAUCAUGGACACCACCAGCGUGGAGUUCAGCCUUCACGGUCACGCUAAGGACGUGGAGGAGUGCAGAUGUCCUCCUGGAUACACGGGCCUGUCCUGUGAGAUGUGCUCUUCUGGUUUCGAGCGCGUCCCCGGCGGCUCGUAUUUCGGCACCUGUGCCGGCUGCAACUGUAACGGACACGCCAGCGCCUGCGACCCGAUCAACGGACACUGCCUGAGCUGCCAGCACAACACAGAGGGCCCUCAGUGUGACAAGUGCCGCUCCGGAUACUUUGGUGACCCGAGUCGAGGUCGCCCCGAUGACUGCAAGCCCUGCCCCUGCCCGUACUAUGAGACCUCACGCCGGUUCUCCGACACCUGCUUCAUGGACGUCGACCAGCAGCCGACGUGUGACGCCUGCAGACCCGGCUACACGGGGAGACGCUGUGACAAAUGUGCGCCUGGAUACCACGGGAACCCCGUUGUACCGAAUGGAAAAUGCGUUCCCGACCAAAGCCCCAAGUGUGAUAACAGAGGAACCCUCAGCUCCAGCGGCCGGCCAUGCAGCUGCAAGAACAACGUGGCAGGCGCUGUGUGUGACGAGUGUAAGUCCGGGUUCUUCCACCUAUCGGAGGCCAACCCCGAGGGCUGCCUGCGCUGCUUCUGCAUGGGCGUCACCAAGCAGUGCGCCAGCUCCACUUGGAAUAGAGACCAGGUGCGCGGAGGAUCGAGCUCGCAGCUCUUCUUCCUCUCCAACAGCGCCAACACUAAUACCAUCUCUGAAGGCAUCACCCAGCGAGGCUUCUCUGAGAUCGUCUACCGAUCCUUCUCCAGCAUCCCCAGCGAUGUCUACUUCUGGGUGCUUCCUGAGAGCUUCAGGGGAGACAAGGUGACGGCCUAUGGCGGAGAGCUUCGCUACGCGGUGCGCUUCGCCCCGUACCAGCGCUCGCAGGGGAUUGACGGUCAGCCGGACGUGGUUCUCCAGGGUAACGGCAUCUUCCUGGAGCACUACUCCCAGGUCAAGCCCCUCCCACGCAGCCAACAGACCAUCACCGUGACCUUCAGAGAGUCUGCGUGGCGUCGGGCUGAUGGGCAGCCCUGCACUCGUGAGCACCUCCUGAUGGCGCUGGCUGACAUCAGCCUCUUUAUGAUCAGGGCCUCCUACGCAGACAAGAUGGACGAGAGCAGUAUCUCCGACAUCAAGAUGGACGUCGCUGUUCCUCACUCCACGGGUAAUGAGCGUGCUCUGGAGGUGGAGGAGUGCGCCUGCCCUCAGGGAUACCGAGGACCCUCCUGCCAGGAGUGCGAUGAAGGCUACACACGGACCAGCUCCGGUCUGUACCUGGGCACGUGUGAGCGGUGCGACUGCAACGGUCACGCCAGCGGCUGUGACCUGGAGACCGGCAGGUGUCUGCAAUGUCUCCACAACACUGAGGGACCACGGUGUGAACGCUGUCAGUCUGGAUUCUAUGGAAAUCCUGUGACAGGCGGUGCUCAGGCCUGCCAGCCCUGCCCCUGCCCUGGAACCACAACCAGCAACCAAUUCUCCCAAAUCUGUCACCUGGAGUCCGACGGUCAGCCGACCUGUGACAGGUGCCCCCAAGGAUACACGGGCCGACGCUGUGAAAGAUGUGCCGCAGGAUACACUGGCAACCCACAGCUUGGACAGAUAUGUAGAUUUGAUGGCAACACCAAUGGUGAAUGCCCUAGAUGUGACCCAAGAGGAAAGGAAAGCUGCAUUGGAGGCGUGUGCCGCUGCAAGAUGAACACUGAAGGUCCGUCGUGCUCCAGCUGCAAGGCCGGAACCUUCCACCUCGGCCUUGAAAACAAAGAUGGCUGCCUGUCCUGCUUUUGCAUGGGCGUCACUCAGCAGUGCUCCAGCUCCACUUACUACAGAGACCUGGUGUCCUCAGUUUUCACUCCAGGGAACUUCCAGGACUUCGGUCUGGUGAACCGUCAGCGCACCAGCCGCAUCUCCACCGGCUUCACCGUGGAGGUUUCCACUGAAGGCACCCAGCUGUCCUACUCCAACUUCGACUACCUAGGACAGGAGCCCCACUACUGGCAGCUUCCAGGGGUCUACCAGGGAGACAAGAAAGAUUCUUUCCUUACUCGAACAAAGCGAGGGGAACAGGGUGAUGUCAGACAGCUGGAUGAUGACGUCUGGGCGCUCUUCCCUGACUUCUCCAAUAGACGAGCAGGUUCCCCUCCCUUCUCCUCCUCCUCCUCCUCCUCUUCUUCUUCUUCUCGGGUCCCAACUUCCUCCUCCUCCUCCUCCUCUUCGUCCUCUCGAUGGUCGUUGCGUAACCUGAGCCCCCCUUUUCCCCUGGCUGGUAUCUCCUCCCCAGUUAGGCCAACCAGACCCCAGCCCUACUCCCCAGGCUACGCUCCUCACCUGCAGAGCAAGAACAGAGUGAGCAAGACUUCAGCUAGCGCUUCUACGGACAGCGGCAAGUACGCUCUGGUCUUCAAAGGUUUCAGCUUGCACCAGGACGAUCUGCUCUACUGGCAGCUCCCAGCGCAGUUCACGGGGGAAAAGGUCGGUUCCUACGGCGGUAAACUCAAAUACACCAUCUCCUACGUGGCCGGGCCCGGAGGAAGCCUGCUCGACGAUGCCGACGUCCAGAUUAUCGGUAACGACAUCACUCUGGUGGCUCGUCAGCCCUGGCAGAGGAGGCAGCAGGGCAGCAGGGAGACCCACCGGUUUGAGAUCUUCUUCAGAGAGGAACACUGGAAUCGUCCUGAUGGCAUGCCUGCAACCCGCGAGCACCUGAUGAUGGUUUUGGCCGAUCUGGAUGACGUCCUCAUACGAGCGUCCUACUCCACCGAGAUGCGAUCCUCCAGCAUCUCUGAGAUCAGCAUGGAAGUGGCCGUGCCCAACUUCAGCGGCUUGGCACAGGCCCUCGAGGUGGAGCAGUGCCGCUGCCCACCUGGAUACCAGGGGCUGUCCUGCCAGGACUGUGGCCCUGGAUAUACUCGCACUGGAGGAGGUUUGUACCUGGGUCACUGUGAGCUCUGUGAAUGUAACGGCCACUCCGACUCCUGCCACCCGGAGACCGGCAUCUGCACGAGCUGCCUGCACAACACUCAGGGCGAGCUCUGUGAGCAGUGCGCCCCCGGCUUCUUCGGCGACCCCACCGUUGGCACUCCGGAGGACUGCCAGCCCUGCGCCUGCCCGCACACUGACCCCGACAACCAGUUCUCUCCGACCUGUGAGAGUCUCGGAAACGGAGGCUACCAGUGCACCGCCUGUCAGCCCGGCUACACUGGCCAGUACUGUGAGCGCUGUGCUUCUGGAUAUGUGGGCAACCCACAGGAGAGACAGAAGUGUCGCCCGUACGAUGCUGCAGCUUCUCUGGUGGUGAAGGUUUAUCCGGAGCGGGUCCAGGCAACCCCGGGCGGCCCCGUCACUCUGAGGUGUCAGGUGUCCGGCUCGCCCCCCCACUACUUCUACUGGACCAGAGAGGACGGACGGCCCAUUUCCAUCAGCGCUGACAGACGCAGACAAGGAGCAGAACUCUACUUCGCCAGCGUCCAGCCGAGGGACGCCGGCGUCUACGUCUGUACCUGCCGCGACCAGCGCAGCACCAACAGGAGCCACGCUGAAAUUGUUGUCACAAGCGUCCCAUCCAAAGCCAUUGAGGUGACGGUUGAGGAGCCCAAAGCUCAGACCAUCAGGGUGGGAUCGACUGUCAGCUUCAUCUGCACAGCAAAGAGCAGGUCACCAGCCUACACCCUGGUUUGGACCCGCAUGGGCAACGGGAAACUUCCCAACCGCGCCAUGGACUUCAACGGCAUCCUGACGAUCCAGAACGUCCAGCCCGAGGACGCCGGCGUCUACGUGUGCACGGGCUCCAACAUGUUCGCCAUGGACGAGGGCCGUGCGGUCCUCCACGUGCCAGCGGCCUCAAAGACUCAGAUGUUUUACACAGCCUAUGAAAUGUUUGAAGGACACAGAAAGUCCGGAGAGGGGGCCCAGCCGGCGGCCGCCGUCUCCCCCUCGGUGCUGAACGUCCAGCAGGGCCAGCGGGCAGAGUUCCGCUGCACGGUGACCGGGAACCCGACCCCCGCCAUCGAGUGGAUCGGACGUCCAGGGAACAGAAUGAGUCCCAGGGCGGUGAUACGAGGUGGCGUCCUGACCUUCACUGCAGUGGAGCAGGCUGACCAGGGAGACUACACCUGCAAGGCCCUGAACACACACGGCGAACACACAGCGCGGGUUUCCCUCUUUGUACAAAAAUCGAACCCGACCGGCCUCGGCACCCAGCCCCAGGUGCAGGUCAGCCCCCAGAACAUCAAGGUCCACGAGGGCGAGACCCUGAGGCUGUACUGCCGCGCCUCCGGGUCGCCCACGCCCAAACUCACCUGGCUGAAGAACGGAGGACAGAUCCCCGCACAGGCCAUUCCCUCUCACGGUUUCCAUCAGUUUAAAAGCAACAGUCUCGAUGUGUUACACAGACGCAUUGAGGAGCUGCAGGCCAGAAUGGACCGAACCGACACCGGCACCCUGCUCAUCCCCAACAUCAGGAUGUCCGACUCGGGCACUUACAUGUGCGUCGGCAGCAACAGCUUCGGCUCAAACAGUUCUCCCAUUAAAGUGUCCGUGCUCAAAGCGGACCACAGCUCGGCCGUGGUCAGCAUCGAACCGUCGAUCGCCGACGUGCAGGAGGGUCAGAGUCUGGAGCUCAACUGUCUGGCUCCUGGAAAUCCUCCUCCCCAGGUCACCUGGGCGAGAGUGAGCGGAUACCUCUCCGCCAACGUCCAGGUUGUGGGCAGUCGGCUGCUGCUCCGCUCGGCCUCUCCGGAGGACGCAGGGGAGUACACCUGUCGGGUGCAGGGCAUCGCUGGAAACCCAGGAUCUCACGUCCAUCAAGCCUCGGUCUCUGUGUCCGUCACCUCGUCCUCGUCCCGUCUGCAGAGUCCCAUCAUCGCCAUCGAGCCUCACAGUGCUGCAGUGCGUGUGGGGGAGUCGGCCAGCUUCAGGUGCAGGGUGUACAGCGGAGCCCAGCCUGUCAGACUGGAGUGGAAGCUGGCCAAUAACCAGCCGCUGCCAGAUAACGUCCGAGUCGACCUCAACGGAUCGGUGAUGACCAUCAGCGGUGCUCGCCCAGCCAACCACGGCGCCUACCGCUGUGUGGCCAGCAACCCGUUCGGCAUCACCCACACCAUCGUGUCUCUGAUCGUCAAAGAGUCUCCUGUGGCCACCGUCACUCCCGUGGGACCAGUGCACAUCAGGGUGGGAGAACCCAUCAACCUGGAAUGCCAGGCGUCGGGGGAGCCACGCCCCUCGGUCUCCUGGCACCGGCUGGACAGCAACCGCAAGACCAUGCUGAGCAGCCCGGUGCCCAUGGAGUCCAACGCCGUCAUGCAGAUCCUGGUGGCCCGUCCAGAGGACAGCGGCACGUACGUGUGCACAGCUCGCAACAACGAGGGCUCCACGGAGACCACGGUGGAGGUCACUGUCCAGGGAGGCUCCCAAGUCCCGUCGGUGCCCAGGGCGUCAGUUCCUGAGCCGCUCAUGAUCGUGGUGGAGGGACGGACGGCCACGCUGCGCUGUGACGCUCACGGUUUCCCGUCUCCGACCAUCACCUGGUCCAAGCUACGCUCUCCUCUGCCCUGGAGACACAAGAUCGUCAACAGCAGCUUGGUGCUGCCCAACGUCGGCCGGCAGGACUCUGGAGAAUACAUCUGCAAAGCCACCAACAACAUGGGCACCACGGAAGUCACUGUCAUGCUGGAUGUGGAAACUCUUCCAUAUGCCACGUCCGUGCCCGAUGACGUGGCCGUGCGGGUGGGGGAGGUGAUCCGGCUGCAGUGCCUGGCCCAUGGCACGCCGCCUCUGACCUACGCCUGGACCAAGCUGGAUGGAAGCCUGUCCCCGAGGGCGCAGGUCAGCGGGGGGGAUCUCCAGAUCAACCUGGCUACCGCCGAGGAUGCUGGGAGCUACAAGUGCGUGGCCGGCAACAAAGUGGGCAACAGUGAAGUGGUGGCUAAGGUCACGGUCAGAUCCCCUCUGGCAGUGCGCGUGUCGCCCCAGGUCGAGGUCAAGGCCCAGGGCAGCGCGGUGGAGUUCACCUGUUCAGCGGCCGGUGGCAUCGAAACCAAAAUCGAGUGGCUGAAGGAGGGAGGUGCCCUGCCGCCAAACCACCACGUCAAGGAUGGCGUGCUCAGGAUCGAGAAUCUUGAACAGAGCAACGAAGGCGUUUACAUCUGCCGAGCGAGCAGCGUGUACGGUCAGGCCCAGGACUCGGCCAGACUCACCAUCCAGGCUCUGCCGAAGGUGAUGAUCAACGUGCGCACCUCAGUGCAGACCGUGAUGAUCGGCAACUCCGUGGAGUUCGAGUGCCAGGCGGUCGGCGACCCCGAGCCCACGGUGCAGUGGAGCAAAGUGGGCGGUUCGAUGCCGGCCCACAUCAUGGUGAAGGGCGGCAUGCUGAAGAUCGAGCGGGUGACGGAGGCCGACGCCGGGCAGUACCGCUGCACCGCCACCAACGACGUGGGCUCCGUGCAGUCCCAGGUGGUGCUCAACGUGCAGUCCCUUCCUCAAAUUGCUUCACUGCCAGAAACCAAAGAGGUGACGGUCGGGUCUGAUGCGGUCCUGCCCUGCGUGGCCUCUGGAUAUCCUGUCCCCGAGAUCAAAUGGUCCAAGCUGGAUGGAGAGCUUCCUCCGAAGUGUUUCCAGGACGUCAACGCGCUGACGGUUCCUCGCGUCGCCCACGAGGAUUCUGGGACAUACGUGUGCACCGCCUCCAACAAACAGGGCAAAGUGGAGGCCUUCACGACUCUGCAGGUUCACGAGAGAGUGAUGCCGUACUUUGCUCAGGAGCCUUUGUCCUACCUCACGCUGCCGACCAUCAAGAACGCCUACAAGUCCUUCAGCAUCAAGAUCAACUUCAGACCGGAUAAUGUGGAUGGUCUCAUAUUGUACGCUGGUAUGAUCCUCUACAACGGCCAGAGAAGAACCACGGGAGCCGACUUCAUCUCCCUGGGACUCGUGGGCGGCCGCUUGGAGUUCAGGUUUGAUGUCGGCUCUGGCAUGGCCACGAUACGAGACCCCAACCCCGUCAAACUGGGAGAGUUCCACACCGUCCAGUUGUAUCGCAACCACACCCUGGGCUACAUCAUCGUGGACGGAGGGGAGCCGAUCAACGGCAGCUCACAGGGCAAGUUCCAGGGUCUGGAUCUGAACGAGGAGCUGCACGUGGGCGGUUACCCCAACUACACCACCCUCGCCAAGACCGCCGGCAUCAAGACCGGGUUUGUUGGCUGCAUCCGUCAGCUGCUCAUCCAGGGAGAGGAGGUGAUCUUCAAAGACCUGGACCGCAGCUCCACGGGCGUCACCAACUGUCCCACCUGCAAAGAUCACCCGUGUCAGAACGGCGGCCGGUGCGAGGACUCCGACGCCAGCUUGUACAAGUGCGGCUGCCCCAGAGGAUUCACCGGCAGCAACUGCCAGCACCACUCGUCCCUGCACUGCCACUCAGAGGCCUGCGGACCAGACGCCACGUGCAUCAGCCGCCAGAACGGCCUGGGCUACGACUGCCGCUGCCACCUCGGCAAGUUCGGAGACAAGUGCAUGGGCGGGGAACUGGUGAGCACGCCGAUGUUCGAUGGCGAGGAGACGUUCAUCGCCUAUCCUCCGCUGACCAACAUCCACGAUGACCUGCGCGUGGAGAUGGAGUUCAAGCCGCUGCAUGGAGACGGCCUGAUGUUCUUCUGCGGUGGGAAGAAAAUGAAGACGGAGGAUUUCGUGGGCAUCUCCAUGGUGGAGGGACACGUAGAGUUCAGAUACGAACUGGGCACAGGCCAGGCCAUCCUUCGCAGUCCCGAGCCCGUGUCUCUGGGCCAGUGGCACCGAGUCGUGGCCGAGCGGAACAAGCGGGACGGCCACCUGAGGGUCGACCAAGGCCAAGUGGAGAGGAAGACCUCUCCGGGAAAAUCCCAGGGCCUCAAUAUCCACACGCCCAUGUACUUAGGAGGAGUCCCCACAAUGGACAUCCUGCCCAAAGCCGCCAAUGUCAGCGAGAUGUUUGGAGGAUGCAUCGGAGAGGUGUCCAUCAACAACAAGAAGGUGGAUCUGUCCUACAGCUUCACAGAAAGUAGAGCUGUCCGCAAGUGCGUGGACAUCAGCCCCUGCGACCGCCGGCCCUGCCUGAACGGAGGCCACUGCAUGUCCAGCGCCGAGUACGAGUACCAGUGUCUCUGCAAGGACGGAUUUGAAGGUGAGCGCUGUGAGGUGGUGAAGGACGUGUGCCAGAGCGACCUCCAGUGCCAGAGCGGCGGCAGCUGCGUCGGCGGUCAGUGUGAGUGUGCGCCCGGGUUCACCGGCCUCACCUGUGAAGAGAGCCACGUCUCCAGCUUCCCAGAGGCCCCGCGGAAUUUGCAAACCAGCGUGGCGAAUGAUUCUCCUUAUCAAUACGCGGCUCAUUUCCACAACAACGGAUACGUCGCUCUCCCGAAAUCCAUUUUCCCACGAAGUGCCGCUGACUCACCAGAGACCAUCGAACUGGAGAUCAACACCGGCUCCUCCGAGGGUCUGAUCCUGUGGCAGGGAGUGGAGACCAAUGGCGCACGCAAUUUACGAAAGGUGCAUGCUAGUAAAAAGGAGCUCGGAGAACACGGCAGAGGAAAGGACUUCAUCAGCCUGGGCCUGCAGAGCGGACACCUCGUUUUCAGUUUCCAGCUGGGCAGCGGAGAGGCACAGAUCCUGUCCCGGAAGUCCAUCAAUGACGGGAGAUGGCACAAGAUCACAGCAGUCAGAACUGGAAAAGACGGAUAUAUCCAGAUUGAUGGAGGAGCUGCUCUGCACGGACAGUCCAAAGGCAAGAGCCUCAUGGUGAACACCAAAGGCAGCAUAUACCUGGGCGGAGCCCCAGACACGGCCGCCAUGACGGGGGGGAAGUUCUCUUCGGGGAUGACGGGCUGCGUGAGGAACCUGGCGCUGAUGAACGCCCGGCCGGGUCAGCAGCCGGCCCAGGCCAUCGACCUGCAGGCCCACGCAGCGCACGGCGUCAACGUGCAGCCGUGCUCCUCAUAGACCGCAGCACACUCCCAUGCAAACACACACAACCACACACAGUCAAACACACAGAGAGACUAUGGAGUGAUGUCACACACACACACACAGCAGACUCACACAGAGACUUAAACACAAACUUGGUGCUUUGCUGCUACCAAAAAAAAAAGAACACAACUCAACACGACACCACAGGAUUUUCUUUCUCUGUGUGCAGUAAAACCAAAAACAAAGAAAAGAAUUGAAUAUGAAUAUGAACUGCUCUUCCUCAGUGUGGUGUUCUCGAUGAAGGACGGUGACCACAGGAGAACCAGUACACCAGUACACCAGAGAACCAGUACAGUUUACAUAUCCCAGCAGUAGGUUUAGUCACGAGAAGAGUAAAACAUAUUAGGCCUUCUACGAUGGGUCAGAUCCUAUGGAGUUGGAGAUGUUUUUACAGCACUGAAUUUUUAUUUAUAUACAUAUGAAUAUAUAUAUAUAUUAUAUUUGUGGGGGAAAACAUGCAAACUAACCAUAACUGCUCUUCCACUUUUCCCAGAGUUCACUCUGGGUUCUAAUACUGUGUGUCCAGGGCUUUUUUUGUUUUUUUUUACAGGCCUAUAACUGUAUUAAUACCUGAAGGCGUUUCGGUCUUCUUUCUUCACUUCUGUAGAGGAACUUCUUCUUUUUCACAUGAGCAUGCAAACAGUGUUUUGGGAGAGCCACACGCAGCUUCAGUACACAACUCAGGUUGUCAAGAACAAAACAAAAACCUGCAAACGUCACAAAGCUUCUGCUGAGUUCCUCUGUUCCUUCUUCUUUCUUUUUCUUUUGUUUAUUUGAUUAAUAAAGGACAGAAACCUUGGUGCUAAUGUCGGACGUGAAGAUGCAGCAUGUGCUCACGCAGCUGCAGGUCUGACACACAGGAUUUCAUUUUAGUGAUUCAGUGACUUAGAUGGAGGAGGCUCCGUCACUUUGUUAGCAUGCACGGUGCUCGGGGUGGAUGUGAUGACGAUGUGGAGCGACCCGACGUGAUUGAGUAGAUCUCAAAGAAGCAGUUUUUUAAAAGUGAAAGGGUGUAAUUUUUUUUUUCCGGGAAUGUUUAGUCGUUGAAGAUAUUGUUUUAUGUGUAAAGAUGUGUUUGGCAGUUGUGUGCAUCUCAGCCAUUGUGUGUGUGAGUGUGUGUGUCAUCAUCCAUAUACUCAGGAGGGUCAACUCAGAACUGCCUCAGGAUGUGACUUCAUUUUCAGGCUCUAAAAAGUAAAAGUCUUCUUGCAGUAGAAAUAGUGAGAUGGAAGCUUCCUGUGCAGGUUGUGUAGCACCGACCACACCACAAAAACUACAGCAGCAUCAUCACUUUGGGGUUCACACACCUUUUUAUUGUCCUUCACAUUUUUGUAAGCAUUCAAAUAUUUGUAUCAGUAUCCUUAAAAGUGAGCACUAUCCUUUCACAUAGAGUCGCCUCCUUUUUAUUUAUUUAGUGUUAUUUUUUCCUCUUUUUUUAAUCACAGAAGCUUGCUCAAUCUCUUUCCUCUGGGUUUUGUGUAUUGCCCCCCCCCCCCCCUCCUUAUGUUUUGAAUAUUACAUUGUAAUUUCUCCAGAAGUCACGCCCCAUGAAGUUCCAUUAAUAAAACACGUCUGUUACCUGGGUGGAGCUGCUCAAACCGGUCUUACUAUUCAGUCAAUGAAAGAACGAACAGAAGUCUUAGCCUCCAGAUACGAUGAAUGGAUUAUUUAUUUACACAGUAAUGACGUCAUCGUGAACACGUGGACUGAAAAAAAAUCCAUCCGGUCCGUGACGACAUCUUUUUUGUGUAUCUGCUCUUGAAACUGGAUUUUCUUUAGAAAACACAAAGUUGUCCAGAAUCUAUUUUUUUUUUUUUUUUUUGUUUUGACGCCAUCGCAAGAUACGAAAGUUGCACUUUUAGUAACGAUGGCGUGAAGUGAAGGUCACAGUUCAAAUGAAUGAAGCAUGUACCAGAUGAAAUAUUGAAAUACUGUCCGUGUCAGGACGAACCUGUCUGUUCCAUUUUCCAGUGUUGAAGCAGACACGCCCCCUCGCCCUUUGUUGUUUCUUAAUUAAAAACAAAAUUCAUGUGCUAUUUUUAA